UGUUUUAAUUUUUAUUUAUUUUUAGACGUGUUCACACCUGUGUAGAGGAAUUAAGCACAUCAGAAUAUUUGAAAAAAAUAGAUAAAGCCGUCUCAAAAUGGCGUCAUUCUCAUCAAAGCCUGCUCUUGUUACAUUGCGGCAAGUGCUCUCCGAAUUACGGAAACAGGCAACUUCUAAGAAAUUAGCCGAGAAUCAAAUGGCCAGAUAUAUUUUAAGUCAGUAUCGAAAGCAUCAAACGACAGAUCAACAACUUUGUAAAGCAGCAGAUGAGAUGCACUUCAGAGCUAAGACAUAUUAUGACUAUUUACAUUUUUCUAGAAGAUACAAAGAAAUAAAUGCAGAAUUUAAAGGAAAAGGAGAAAGGACUGUCGAGGAAACGGCAAGGAUGGUCGGCUUCAAACUACCACAUGACCCAAAAUAACAGAUGCAAUCAAAUUUAUAAAAAAUUUAAUGUAGUUUUAAAAUAACAUUGAACAUGUAAUUAAAAUGUAAAAAUAUA